AUGGAUCAAGCAUUGAAUCCUACUUCCAUUAAUAGUUACUUGUCUGGUAUUGAAGCUUUGAGUGGAACUAAUUUUAAGAAAUGGAAGGAACAAAUUGGAAUUGUUUUGGGAAUUAUAGAUUUAGACUAUGCAUUAAGAAAGCCAGCUCCUACAAAGCCUAAUGAUACAAGUUCUAAGGAACACAUGGCUUUAUAUGAAAAAUGGGAACGCUCUAAUCGCUUAAGUCUAAUGAUAAUGAAAGGCUCAAUUACGCCUGCAAUUCAAGGGGCAAUUCCUGUUUCUGAAAGUGCAGUGAGCUAUAUGAAAUCUAUUGAAGAACAAUUCAUUGGAACUUCCAAAUCCCUUGCUAGUACUCUCAUGAUUAAAAUGAUGACAAUGAAACAUGAUGGUUUGAGUGGUGUUCGUGAACAUAUCUUAAAGAUGAAUGACAUGGUCGCUCAAUUAAAGGGAAUGGACAUGGAAAUUUCUGAAGGUUUUCUUGUUCAUUUCAUUAUGACUUCUCUUCCUGCACAAUUUGGUCCUUUUAAGAUCAAUUAUAAUACGCAGAAAGAUAAGUGGAAGAUGAGCGAGUUAAUUGCCAUGUGUGUUCAAGAAGAAGAGAGGCUUAAAGCUGAAAAGCCUGAUAUGGCUCACCUUACCAGUUUGGGCCCCCCAUGUGUGUUCAAGAAGAAGAGAGGCUUAAAGCUGAAAAGCCUGAUAUGGCUCACCUUACCACUUUGGGCCCCUAAAUGCUGGUAUGAUCGCACCCCUUUUGCCCAUUCUUUUCCCUUUUACAAACUUUAG